GGUGUUUUUUUACGUAUUGAUGGAUGUGGUACUGGUGAUGAUGAUGAAGAACUUCGACGUUUACAUAAUAGUGGUGAUCAUGAAGACGUUGAAUCUGAUCAUGAUUAUGAUGAACAAGAAGAUGAACCUAAUAUUGUCAAUGCACAUGUACAAGAACUUCGAACAACUAAACAUCCACCAGGUACACAAUUUCUUGUUUCACAUGAUUUAACAAGUGUACAAACUGGUGAUUUAACCAUUCAUAAAGGUGAAAUAAUAACACUUGUCGAACAACGUCCAGAUGAUUGGUGGUUAUUUCGUAAUGCACAAACACAACAACAAGGUGUCGUACCAAUCAAUCAUAUACAAUUAUUAUCUGGACAAUUACCAAGACGUCGAGCAAAACCAAAUACAUCAGUGACAACACUUGUCGAUGCAUUUAAAGCUAAUAAUAAUAUUCCAGCUGGUUUUGUUGCAUCAGAUUUAGCACCAUUAACUCAACUUGAAGAAUAUCAAUUAUGGCGAGCACUUGUACCAAAAAUGACUGAUUCAAAUCUUGCUUUUGCUGAUCUUUAUUGGCAUGCUGAUACUGAUCAUCUACAAAUAAAUGAUGUGACUUAUAAAAAAAUUAUUGUUCUUAAACAAUGUGUUAAAAUACCUAAAGUCAAAGGUGAUCAGAUUCGUGUUCUUGAUCGAUGCGUUCGUGUUUGUCUUUAUGAUGGCUUUGAAAUUAUUUCUAAUAUUCAUAUAGUCCGAGCACAUAUACGAAAUAAAGUUGAUGAUAAAGUUUUAACUGAAGAUUGGCAUUUUUCAUCAAAUGAUUUAAAUUCAUUUGUUGAUGAACAACCUCAAUUAUUUAUACGUGCCAAUCGAUCAAGUUCAGGUCAACAUUUAAGUUUACUUUUUGAAUUAUCACAAUGGUGUCAAUCAACAGUAACACAAGAAAAAUGUGAAAUUGCUUGUGGUUGGUCAAUGGUUCCAAUUGAAGAUGAUAAACCACCAUUAAUAACUGAAACAAAAGGUUUCAAUGAACUUUUACAUGGUGGACAUACAGAUGAACCAAAUAUUCUUCUUGAUCCUCAAUAUAAAAUUCUUCGUUCAGAUGGUUUAUCAGGCAAAAUUGAUCGUUUAAAACGAGCACGUAUUAAAUUUUCCAUUGAAAUACGUGAUUCAGAUAUUGAUAUACUAUUCGAUUCUUUACCAAUUCAACCAGUUAUUGUUUCAAUGAAUAUAUUACGAACAAUUGGUUUUUUUCGUAGUGAACUAGCUUAUCAAUUACAUAAACGUCAUCAUCCAACUGGUCUAUCAACAACACCUAUUGAUUCAAUAUUUCUUAGUACAUUUUUUCAAACAUUACAACAACCAGAUCUUAUUUAUGCUUUACGUCGAGUAUAUCGUUCACGUCAACGACGUUUUCUUAAAUCUUCAUCAAGUGCUCAACAACAACGAGAAUUAUUUAUACGAACAUAUGAAACAUUUAUUUAUCCACUUCUUCAUUAUCGACAAUUACCAGCAUAUGAUUUUCAUGAUGUACCAGCAUUAAAUGAACGAAGAAAAUUAAUAACUGAUAUGAUUAAACGACAAUUACCAGCAAGAAAAACGAAUCCACAAGAUAUUCUUUCAAUAUUAUUAGAUCCAAAUUUAACAGAUAAAUGGACACCAUUUACAACAGAUGAAAUUUGUUUUACAUUAGAAAAAUAUAUUCAUGAUUUUAAAACUGAUGUUGUAGCUUAG